AUGAAAGUUUGUAUGCGUGUUUCGGAUGUAGUUGGCGUUAUUGUUGUAGUAGUAGGCACAAGAACACAGACAUCAUCAUCGCAUUUAUAUCCAGGUGAACAGGGGUUAUACUCAUCACAUGGUUUUGGUUUAGGAGUUGUUGAUGGUGUAUCUGGUAUAGUCGGUGGGGCUACACAUAUGUCCCCGUAGCAUUUGAAUGGCGGGUGACACCAUUUUUCACAGG